UCAUAUGAUGACAGACGUGCAGCAACAGAAAAAAAUGGAAACUUUUUUCACUUAAUUUCCACUGGUUGAAAAUAUAUUUCGGUUCGCGAAAUAAUCGUUUUUGAUGGAAAUAUAGAAUAAAAAGUUUGUAAACUUACAAACUUGGUGAAUAGAAAAUUAAACAAAAUAUUUGAAUAAUGUAGAAAGUGAAAAAAGAUAUCGCAUAAAAGACACAUAAAACGCAAUCGCAGCAGAAACGACAAAAAGAAACAUAAAUCGAAGAAUUGUGAAAGCAACAGACGGUAGUGAUAAACUUAAGAAAAAAAAAUUACAAAAACUGCACAUCAGAUUUUGGAAAAUUUUUAAUUUCAACUAGAUUUUAAAUUCUACAACUAUCGACAGUAAUCUAAUUGGGGUGCGUGUUUGUGGCAAAUGAUGGCCAAAAAUGGCGGCUAAACCACCAAAGCCGCCAGCUACUUUUCUGAAGCAAAAUAUUCACAACAACAGCGACAACCAAGUCAAUAACAACAACGAUCCCAACAGUUCGUCUGCUUUUGCAGCACCAACAACACCCACAACGCCUACCUCCACAGCGACCAAUCCACCACCCGUCGCUGAGACAUUCAGCAAGCUGGGUAUACGGCGCUACAACAGCCGAGACAAUUUAUUGAACAACAUCAAUAACGAUAAUUAUAACACUGAUAACGGCACUGACGCCGCAGGCAAUGCCAUCGAGGGCGGAGCUGCCGCGCGUCCCACUUGCAAUUGCACGAACAUAAGUAUUAUGCAUCUCUUUCAUGAGAUGAAGCAGGAGUUUCCCACCAUACCCGAUCCGAUUGUAGCGCAGUGUGUGAAUGAGAAUUGCCAUCAGCGUGAGAAUUGCAUACAGAUGUUGAGGAAUGAGUUGGCGUUGAAUCCGAUCCCAGUGCAAACGUAUCCAGCAAAGGUGUUGCAGCAACAUAACAUCAACCAGCCACACAAUAAUCACCAACAGCAAAAGCAACUGCUACAACAACGACAAAAUAGUCCACCAAAGCUGUCGCCAGCGCAGACGCCGGCACAUCCCCAGCCACCGCAGCGUCAUAAAAACGCAACGCCGCCGAAACCCGCUACGCCGUUGCGGCCGAUACGCCCCGCGCCCGUACAACCGCCGUCGGGUACAUUACAACGCAAGCGAACUGACGCGAACAAUAGUGUCGUCACACCGCUAACGAAUUGUGAUAGUGUUGAAUUAGUGCAAAACAAUAAUAGCAAUAAUACUGGCGAUUUGUUGAAAGAUGUUAAUAUUGUUCAGUCGCCGUGCAAUAUCCACAGUAACAACAACGACGCCAACAAUAGUGCCGGUGAAUUCGCAAGUCAAACGUGUGAUAUGCCGUCGACCGCGACCGCCCCCGCAAACACGACCACUGAGUGCUCGCGCUCAAGUGAAUUCAUAGCAGCGCUUAAUAAACUAGCCGCAACGCCACCUCCGCCCGCGCUAUUGGCAGUCACGCGUCCACGCGCACGACCUAAUACGCUAAACUUACAAGCAUCUCAACAGCAAUUUCAGCGCCAGCAGUUGAAUAAACAACUGCAGCAGCAUUUACAGCACCGCAGUCAGCUUCAGCAACAGCAGCAACAGUCAACGGCUGGCGCGCCAGAAGAUCUGCCGCAGCAGAAGCCAAUACGCAAAGCGCCGCUGCCACCAAUCGCGCCGAAGCCCGUAUUUCACAAUCAACAUAACAACAAUAACAACAACAACAGUUGUGGAAAUUCACCACAAUCACAAAGCGGCGGCAGCUACUCGGCUGAAUCGAAUUUGACGAGUCCGAUAAGUUCGUGCGGAGAGAGCGAAAUAAGUGCAAAUGUCGGUUUGGCAUCUCAAGCUUUUGCGUUUGAUAGACACAACAACAACAACAACCAUAUUACUCCUACCUCUGCGACUCCAACUUAUCAACAACAACCGUCAUCGCCACACAAAUCACCGCUCCGUCAUCGCUCAGUUAUCACAGUACAACCGGAGCCGCCAUACGCGCGUGAUUUUCUACCUCCCUCGAAAAUAGGCACAAGCGCUGUAGCAACUUCUGCCACCGGUGGUAGUGGGGGCAGUACGCCCACAAGCCAGAAGAGUUUCACAUCAGUCAAUUUGACAUUACGUCAGCCCACUGCCGCCGUUCCACAAUCGACAAUCGAUAUAUCCGCCGGUCCGGCGUUGAGCGGCAACGGUAGUGGUCUCACCUAUUCCAGCACAUCGUAUGACGCGCGUCGAGGUUAUCAGCAAAAUUUCCAUAUAACGGUCACUGACGAAGGUGGUGUCUUCAAUGCGAGUCGCAUACGACCGCGUAAUAAUAGUUAUUACGCCGGCGUUGAAGACCACGACAGUCCUAGGGGACCAGCGGGCGGUGUAAGGCAAGCGGUGUCUGCGACGCAACAGCGACAACCGCCCACAACAGUAGUAUCGCCAACAACACACACAACGCAUAUGUUGGCCGAUAAUAUUACGCCGUCAACAAUUCAAACAACGUCACCGACAAGCGAAGAAAUGUGCCUGCCAUUGGAAAAUAGUGUUUUCACCGAGACCAUAAAGCGACAGAAAACGCGCCGUGAUAAGCUUGCCACGGCACUUCGUGAGAACAAAAACAAGCUUGGCCAUGUCGAAGAGGAGAUCAACAUGCUGACCGAAUCGUUAAAUCCCGGCGAAUCUGAAAGACUGGACUAUGAAAUAAAUAGAUUGCGCAGUGAUUGUCAACAAAUGUUGAAUGAAAUUGAAAAUAUCAGACGAUAUGGUCAGCUAACCGAAUCCGAACGACUGCAAGCGCAACAACAGCAGCAACAACAACAACAGCAAUCAUUCCCACGCCAACGACCACCGCGACCGCCACCGCCGCAAUUGCAAAAUGCCUACCAAUACCAGCAGCCUGCUUCAGAUCCUCUGCCACAUCACAACAACACUGCUGGCAGUGGUGGCAGUAUUGGCGGCGGUGUUGGCAGUAGUCACACGAGCGCUGCAAGCACACCCAACUCCACUUAUUUGCAACCGCCGUUAUCAAACGUUUACCACCAGCACCGUCCAGACUAUGCCAAUCAGCCACCACCAUAUCAGCCACCACCAUAUCAGCCACCAUCCACCGACGAAGAGGAAUACUCCGAUUCGAAUACCGAUGGCGGCGAAGAUGAUGAACCGCUCGAACGCUGGGACUGCCCCAUGUGUACAUUCCUCAAUCAUCCACAGCUGAACAUAUGCGAGGCGUGUGAAUAUGUGCGCAUACUACCCGAACCCAUACUGAGUCGAGAGGAUAUACACAUCACCUUGUCGCCGGGCGAGAACAGAAUAGUGCAUUCUUGGGUCGUGUCAUGACAGUCAACGCGUAGGCCAUCAUAACUAUUGUGUGCGUUGGUCUACUGAGGAAUAAAAUUGGAAACAGUACUGUAUGAGACUAAAAGACAACUUAAGAAGGUACUCAAUAUGGAUAUUAAAGAGCUGGCUUACUUGGAUGCGGUAGAAUUGCACUGGCAGCAGAAAGUAAAAAAACAAAAUAAGAAACAACGGCAGGAAGCAUUCUGCGGCAGCGUGAUAUCUUCGUCUAACAGUGGGCGCCGUCAAAAUGCGGUUUAUGCGAAAAAAUCUUUGUCGAUUCGCAAUUUAUUAAACUUCCAACCCAGGCAGUCCAAAACUCCCACUGCUGAUCCUGUUUGCUCUCGUUGUUCGGCAGAAACUGGUUGCAUAUGAUGCGCUCUGAAAAUACUCGUACAUGGCUACUUUAGGUUAGGUUAGAGGAGUGACGCUUGAAACGAGCUCACUUAAAACGAGCCUCCAAAGGUGCAUUGUGAUGACCUAGAAAAAAGCAACUUUUGAUCAAAAGUAAUACUCUAUCAUUGCUGUGGGAUUCACUAUUGCUAUAGCACUAACGGCUAAACUUUACAAAUUGAUCCCUAAAAUAUGUUUCACAUUAGUCACUAAUACAUACAUACAAGUUAGGGUACCCAGUUGGACAGUCGAGUCUACGUUAAUGCAUGGGUACUUCAACGGUAAUCAAUGAAAAUUUCUUGGGAAUGUUUUAUGCUGUUACAACAACAACAUGCAUAUAAAGAAAUUUUCGGCCUUAAAAACCGUGUAUUCUCAUAGGUGUAUUUCACUGUGACAACGCCGAGUUAACAAAUUCGUAUGCGAAUGAAACUCGUUUGGAAUUUCGCCACUAUUUUACGUUUUGAAACGUUGAAUAGCUCCUGUCUAUACAUACAUAGGUGCUAUGUAUUGCGCGACUCGUUAAGAAAUUGAAAAGCAGAUUCCUCUCUUCACCAAUACAAAAAAUUAUGUUCUACAUGUAGAAAAGUGGGCAAUGUCAUGCGAUUAUGAUAAGACGCAAAAGCAGGGACCGAGUUGAAGAAUAAUUAUUAUUUUUUUACUUUUAUGCUAAAAAGUUCAAAAAUAACAUUUUGAUGCUGAUUUUAUGGAAUAGAGUCAGUCCAUAACAGUUACGGUACCUACACAAAAGCAUUCGGGAGGAAUAUGCUGCACAAAUAUUCUAGGGCACUUCCCAAGGGGGAUGGAAGUAGCAACUCUGGUACCUUUAUAAUGGCAUGACUAUUAUAAGCCGCUUUAAAAUAUAACUAGCUAAGCCAUGGUACGCAUGACCAUUGACGAUUCAAUGAAGAAAUACUGCUUCAGUGCGGUGCCAAUGGGUAGGAAGAAGGAAGGAGCAAGUACAGAAGCAACUGGUUGAUAAUUGCCUCAAUAUUGCAGACGAGCGAAGUAGAAGCUCAAGUUUUUUUCUCUGGUAAUGCUUCAAACCGACAAAUAUGUAUGUAGUUAUUGCGCCACAUGAGAACAAGUAACCGAUAGCGAGUGAAUUGGAUGAACCGAAAAACGCUUGUUUUAUCUCUUUCGAUUCAAAUCGGGUAGUCUCAUUGGCACAUCGUGAGUUGCAUGAUUCGGCUUUUUCCAAGGCGCAUUUAUUGAAGGUGGUGGCAUUGGACCAACAACAAUGUUUUGUACGCUUGACUGUCACGGCAAGGUAUUGGCGAAGUAGAAAACAAAAAAUUAAUUCGCCUUGAAAGAAAACACAAAUCAGCUGAUUUACCAACACCACCUUUAAUAUUAUAUUUAGAUUCGCCUUGGCUUGAUUCGGUUUGAGUAUGUCACUGUUACAAAGCUUUCAAAGCUACUUCAGCUUUUAGCUAACCCUAAGCAUUUCUGUAGGCAGCAACAAAUUUUUGAAUACGAAAGCACCAAAUGACUUCAACUCCAAAGCGCGUGCAAGGUGACUCCAAUUUAACAUUUGAAAAACGUUUACCACAUUUUUGAGUGCUAUAAAGCAGUUUCACAGGCAACGAAAUAAGUGUCUAAAUAUGUUUUUUUUUUUUAAUGAUUGACAUAUAAACCAAUUUAAAUAGAUUUGAAAACACUUAAUACUUUAAAGUGUACGAAACAUUUGUGCAUAGAUAUUCAUUCAUCAGCAAACGCAUUUAUCAAGAAAAAUAUUUAGUACUCAAAUUGUUACAUAGUAAUUAAAGCAAUAAAAUUAUGUUACAAAAUGUAAAAUCUUUAGUAAAAAAUGGUUUGAAAUAGUAAAUAUCUAAUUAAAAAACAAAAGUUGAACGAUUCGAAGCGAAGCGAAAAUUUUCUACUACGAAGAAAAAUCGAAGUGAACUAAGAAAGAGUGUAGGAUAAGAAAAAUAAUAAAUCGGUGAAGCAUAACGCGCGUUUGCUGGUAGAACGUCAUAACUGCCAAAAUCAUAGAUUCGAAAAAAAAAAAUUUAAAAAUUAAAAUAAGAAAAUAAAAACUCAGAAAAAAAAAUAAUCAACAAAAAAUUUAAAAAUUGAAUUUAAGCAUGCGGCGGUCGCCGUAGCCGAAUGGGUUGAUGCGUGACUACCAUUCGGAAUGCAGAGUGGAGUGUUCAAUGUAUAGCUAAGACGCAGCUCUUUCGUGCAAACUUUUUCCACGGUAUAUUGGUUUAGUCACAAAAUCACCGUUGGACAUGAAAAUAGACGAAAACGUACGAUUCAAACUGCAAGCGCAAGAAGUGAAUCUCAGUGCAUGAAAUAGCAAAAUUAUAGAAAAAGUUUUUUUCCCAAUAUCAGUCCCUCCUCGACAGGCAAUAGCAAAUCUACGAGUGUAUUUCUACCAUGAAACAGCUGCUCAUGAAAAAUACUGCCGUUCGGAGUCGGUUUGAAACUGAAGGUCCCUCCAUUUGAGAAACAACAACAAGGCGCACACCAGAAAUAGGAGGAGGAGCUCGGCCAAACACCCAAAAAGGGUGUACGCGCUGUUUAUAUAUAUACAGUGCCAGCUCGCUAAUCCGAAUUAAUGAUUGCAGACCCUGAUUCGGAUUAACGAGAUAUUCGGAUUACUGGAUGUGCUGUUAUUAUGCUUAUAAUUCACUAUAUUCGAAAAUAAAACAAAAGCCAGGAUUUCAAAACAAAUUUAUUUUAUUUUUAUUAAUCAACAAUGAAAAAAUUAAAGAUUUUUAUAAAUACAUAUGUACGUAUUUACAUAUUACGUUUUUUUUAACGUAGAUAAUUAGUGAUGUAGGUUUCCUUGUCUUUCACAUGCUUCUAAAGCCUUGUUCCGCAAUUCUUUUAGCAUUAAUAUGUAAUCUGAUUGCAGACCUCGUUCCUUUGCCCAAUCUAUUGAAAUAUUUAAGGCCUGCAGAGCUUCACGAUUUUUGACGUGUUUCGUAAUUAAAGGCUCUGGUUCCCCAUUUUCUGUAUCUGACUCUGAACUACUACACGAAGUAUUGUCAGAGUUCAUAAUCCAGCUAAGAAUUUCAUCUUCAGAAAUAUGCACGUCAUUGUUGCGGUGAACUAAGUUGGUUAUUGUGCGAAAUUCUUCUGUUUCUUCAACACGAUCAUUCUCUGGCAACUCUUGUUGUAACAAUGAUAGAGGGAUUUUAUUAUCUGAAGCCCACCUCUGAGAAUGAAUAUGCUUCCAACAAGACUUUAUAGAAGAAUUGGGCACCCUGUCCCAAGAUCGUUUAAGCAAUUCACAAGCGUCCUUUAAACUGAAUUGUUUCAAAAAAAUGUCUAGAUCAUCCGCUACAGAGCUUACCAGUUCACACAAGAGAUCUUUUUUGUAAAACAGCUUAGUUAGUCGUAUCGCGUUCUGAUUCAUGGGUUGAAUAAUACUAGUACAAUUUGGGGGUAAAAACAUACUUUUAUAUUGCCCACAUUCAGAUACCAGCGGCUCUCCAUGACACUUCGCAUUAUCCAGUAACUAUAAAGCUUUUUUGGGCAGAAUUAAACGAUUUAAAAAACCAUUCAGUAAAAAUAUAUGUUGUCAUCCAUGCAUUCUUCGAUGCGUAAUAUUCAACAAUAUGUUGUUUUUUAAACGAACGUGGAUUUUUUGAUUUCCCAACCACAGGAAUGUUAAGCUUGUGAGUUCCAGAUUUGUUAGCACAGCACAAGAAGGUGAUUCUCUCUUUGCUCAUUUUGGUACCAGGGGCAGACUUUUCGUUACAAUGCACUAAAGUUUUUUCUGGAAACAUUUUCCAAAAGAGUUCAGACUCAUCAGCAUUGUAAAUUUGGUCGUCAAUCAGAUUUUCAGUCUCGAUAAUGUCAUAGUGCUUAUUUUGAAAAUCAGGUACAAGAUCAGGUCUAGCAGAUAAGGAUUCGCCGCAUAUCUUCAAAGUUCGCACAGAAAAUCGCUUCUUAAAAUUUUGCAACCAUCCGUCACUAGCGUGAAAUGAUUGAUUCGGAUACAUUUUUUGAUGAAGUGAUUUAGCUUUUUGUCGGUAAAUUUCUGCUGAAAUGGUUUGAUGCCGUGACCGCUUCUCUUCAAACCAAGCAUACAACUUAAUCUCUAAUUCUUCAUUCUCCCCCGAUUUGAGUGUUUUGCGCUGUUUUUAAAAUUUGGCAUCAGAAUUCUCAGCAAAUCUUAUAAAAGAAUAAAUAUGUAUGUACAGUAAUAUUUACAGAAUACAUUUUUUACACAGGUUUUUUACCUUUUAAUAUUUUCAGCAUUUCUUUUUAUGUCGCAAAUUGUUGAAGCUGCUACACCAAAUUUCUUUGCUAAAACUUUUCCUGAUUGUCCACGAUUUACUUCUUCUAUUAUUUUAAGCUUAUCAGCUAAUGGCAGUGUUUUAUGUGCACAUUUUUUUGCAUUUUAUUUAAAUUGAUGUUUUCCCGACUAAUACCACAACUAAACUAUUCGCAACAAGAAAAAUACACUCUUACAUACAUAGAAGGCUCUGUAUUUCAAUAAUGUCCCGUUAGUUUUAAAAUUCCGUUCAUGGUUUUGUAAAAAAACAGACUCAAAAAUAAAAAAACAAAAAUUCGGUUUAGCGAGCUUGCAACGAAUGCGGACUAUAGAGCACGUAAUGCGUCAUAAAUUCAAUUCGGAUUACUGGAUAAUUCGGAUUACACACCUUCGGAUUAGCGAGCUGGCACUGUAUAUACAUAUAUAUAUGUAUGUAUAUAUAUGUAUAUGUAUAUGUAUAUAAGCAAUAAUAUAUAUUUUCAUUUUUAAAGGGAUACAGUUAAUAGAUUUUGCCAUGCAUUUUAUUUCUGAUGGUCAUUUCUGCAAACUUAAAGAAAAAUUUUUUUUUGUUUUGGGUUGCGCCGUUCUUCCAGCAACCGAGCGAUAUGUAGCUGUGAUGUAAUGGUAUGUGUGAGAUUGCUGCUGGCAGCAAAGCAACAGUUGUUGAACAGAUAUAUAUAUUUGUUUUUGUUUUUUUUUGUUAAAUUAAUGAAUAGCGUAAAAUACUAGCACUUUUAGUUGGUUACGUAAAUCCAUAAGUAACCAACUAUAUAAAUAAAUGAGUUUAAGUAAAUAUAGGUAUAUACAGUGCACGUUCUCCUAACGGACGCCGCUUUUAAGCGGACACCUGCCAAAAGCGGGCACUUUUUCAGUGCAUACCACAAAUCCUUAAGAAUUUCUUUACAUGUUUCUCAUAAGCGCCCGUCUCAGUCAGGUGUCCGCUUAAGAGAGCGAGAGCGAGAGAGAGUACACUGUGUAUAUAUUUUUGUAAUUUUAAGUAAAUACAAAUUUUUUUCGCUUAUUUUUCUGAAUUUGUUUAAAAUGCUUGUUUGUGAAUUGCUGCAAAAAUUGUGUUUAAGAAAAAGACUUUGUAAAUAAAUAAAAACUUUAAGUAAUUGAUUUUAAGUAAAAUUAUUUUAGGCGUAUCAAAACCACAGCCGUUAUUAUGUAUGUAUGUAUGUAGCAUACGAUUAUGCGCUACUUGUAGUGUUAAAAUAUUUAUUGUACUUAAGUAUAUUUUGUGACGUCACAUGAGAAAGCAAAACAUAUACAUAUGUAUAUGCGCACUGUGGAUCGAACAUUAGUUUUCUCUUGACUAAAAUGUGGUUUGUUAAUAUUUUACAAUUAGUGUAUUUUAAUAAUUAUUUUACUAGUUGUAUGCCAGUGUAAAAGUGGAAAAUAGUGAACUUUUUAAUUUUAAUAAUUAACUAAAUAUAAUAUAUAUAUGGAUGCAUGUAGAUAUUAGAUACUUUAGUACAUAGCAAAAAUUGUUAAUUUAAUUUGUAGUUUAAUUUUGAUACAAAGUUAAAUAUUAAAUAUAUUUGUAAAUAAUUAGCAAAUAACCUAAA